AUGGCGGCCGCCAGCAGGACCUCUAUUGACUUCCUUGUCGACACCAGAGCACAACAUUUGGUCCUCCGCACCCCCCAAGGAAAACUAGCCAGCAAAAAGUCCUGGGUACAAGGGGCAACUGGUAUGAGCCAGUAUUCAUGGACUACCCGAAGAACAGUAGUUUUGGGAACCAGCCGGGUAUCCCACUCCUUUAUGGUAAUACCAGAAUGCCCCUACCCGCUGUUAGGACAGGACUUACUGACCAAGAUUGGAGCUCAGAUAACUUUCAGACAAGGGCCUCAGGUCACCGAUGGCAAGGGCCACCCCAUCCAGGUACUGACCAUGAAACUGGAGGAUGAAUACCGCCUCCACCAGGAGGCGCUCCCAAGAGAGGAUAAUAUAGACAGAUGGCUACAAGAAUUCCCCUCAGUUUGGGCAGAGACGGGGGGGGGGGGGAUGGGACUAGCCACUCACAGGACCCUGGUCCUGGUAGAGCUCAAGCCAGGAGAGAGUCCGGUAAGGAUCAAACAAUACCCCAUGUCUCAGGAGGCCCGGAAGGGGAUCCAGCCACACAUCCGGAGACUACGAAGCCUAGGGGUACUAGUUCCUUGCCACUCUGCCUGGAACACCCCCCUACUGCUGGUCAAAAAGCCUCACACAAAUGACUACUGACUGGUACAAGACCUCCGGGAAGUAAAUAAGAGGGUCGCGGACAUACACCCAACUGUCCCCAACCCAUAUACUCUCUUGAGCUCCUUGGCGCCCUCCAGGGUCUGGUAUACUGUACUAGAUUUAAAGGAUGCCUUCUUCAGUCUGCCGCUGGCACCCCAGAGCCAACCCUUGUUCGAAGAGUGGCAUGAUCCGGAGGAGGGCUACAGUGGGCAACUCACCUGGACACGGCUACCUCAGGGAUUCAAAAAUUCACCCACCAUCUUCAACGAGGCACUACACGAGGACCUGGGUGAGUACAGAAGGGAGCACCCUGGCCUCACCCUCCUGCAGUAUGUAGAUGACACCCUGAUUGCUGCCGACACGGCCAAAGACUGUGAGCGAGGGACCCAGGACCUGCUGGCUACCCUGGGGGCCUUGGGGUACCGGGCAUCCGCAAAGAAGGCUCAGAUAUGCAGGGAGAGGGUAAGUUACCUGGGAUAUAUCCUGGAGGGCGGACAGCGGCGGUUAUCAGAUGCCAGAAAAGAAACUGUCCUAAAGAUCCCUACUCCCACCUCCCGAAGAGAAGUGAGGGAAUUCCUAGGAUCAGCAGGCUACUGCCGCCUCUGGGUUCCAGGGUUUGCUGAGAUCACCAGGCCCCUAUAUGAAGCUACCAAAGAGGGGAAAACAUUUAAAUGGGCUGAAAAAGAAGAAACUGCCUUUAAUCGGUUAAAAAAGGCCCUCCUAAGUGCCCCAGCCCUGGGCCUGCCAGACAUUACGAAGCCCUUCCACCUCUUUGUAGACGAACAUAAGGGAAUAGCAAAAGGGGUUCUAACUCAAGGCUUAGGCCCCUGGAACCGCCCAGUAGCUUACCUGUCUAAGAAACUAGACCCAGUGGCUGCCGGCUGGCCGCCAUGCCUAAGAAUUAUUGCGGCGACAGCACUCCUAGUCAAGGAUGCAGACAAACUGACCCUAGGACAGGAGAUCUGGAUCACGACCCCACAUGCCAUUGAAGGGGUCCUGAAACAGCCUCCGGAUAGAUGGAUGAGCAACACAUGUGUGACUCAUUACCAGAGCCUCCUACUCAACCCUCCGUGGGUGUGGUUCUAUCCCAGCGUGGCCCUCAAUCCUGCAACCCUGCUGCCCGACCCUGACCUAGGUGCUCCACUACAUGACUGUGCGGGAAUCCUGGAACAAGUACGUGGAUUCCGGACGGACCUGACUGACCGGCCCCUCCCCGAUGCUGAGACUACUUGGUUUACUGAUGGCAGCAGCUUUGUGCAAGACGGACACAGGUAUGCGGGUGCAGCGGUGGUCACUGAAAUGGACACCGUAUGGGCGGAGGCUCUACCCUCCGGAACGUCAGCCCAGCGAGCAGAGCUCAUAGCUCUCACCAAGGCGCUGAUGCUGGGAGCUGGAAAACAGCUUAACAUCUACACAGACAGCCGUUAUGCAUUUGCCACAGCUCAUAUUCAUGGGGCAAUUUAUCAGGAGAGGGGGUUACUGACGGCAGAAGGACGGACUAUAAAAAAUAAGCAGGAGAUACUUAACCUGCUUAUGGCCUUAUGGCUUCCUGCCAAGCUAGCCAUUAUCCACUGCCAAGGGCACCAAAAAGCUGAUAACACAGUAGCUAGAGCCUUCGAGCUGAACUUAUUGCUGAGUUUUAAAGAUCAAGAACUUUUUCUUUCCUUGAGCGGGCUCCAGAGGGCGCACGAGGACAUUUGGCCGCACCUCCGUGCCAUCUACAAGGCUGGCCUGAUCCCAACACCUCAUCAGUACAGGCUGGGAGACUGGGUCUACGUCAAGAGGCACCACCGAGAGACCCUCAAGCCGUGCUGGAAGGGACCCUACAUCGUGGUGCUGACAACCCCCACCGCUCUCAAAGUAGACAGCAUCGCGACCUGGGUCCAUCACACCCACGCUCGGCCAGCGGACCCCUCCUCGAUCCAGAAGGACUUCAUCAUGCGAUGGGCCAUCAGUCAGGACCAACACAACCUGCUCAAGCUCAAGCUACAGCGCAUUUGA